AGAAGGAAGCCCCCCGCUUCGCCAUUCACCAUCUUCGCCUUCGAAAUGAGAAGAGAUGAGAUGGUGAGAUGAAAAGCGUAAAGCAAGAAAUGGCGGUUGAAAUCCCAAAGCAUCUAAUAACCCAACUCCAGAUCUCACUUCGCAAGCAAUUAAACGUUCCUUCCUACGAUCCGAGCGACUCGUCGCUUUCCACUCUCCCUUCCUUACCUCACUCAAUCUCCGACUCUCCCCGCCUCCGCUGCCUCCACUGCAAAGCCCAUCUCCUCAGAGGCCCCGGCUCCCUCCUUUGCAUUUUCUGUGGCAAACACCAGACCAAUAUGCGGCCUUCACCCAUCAAAUUCAAGUCCACUUCCGGUUACCGCUGGUUCCUCCACUCCCUUUACUUAGAUGGAUCUUCGGAAAUUGUGGGAGAGUCUUUAGAAGGGAAUGGAUCAAACAGAGGACCUCGAGAGGAGUUUCAAUUAUCUGAUCUUUUAGAUUUAGAAAUAAGAUGGAAUGAUGCCGAGCGCCAGAAAUUUGAAUCUGGUUUGAGAAUGACUAAUCCAUUGAAUUUGGCUGGACUUGAUCUUGGUGAUGAUUUUUUAGCUGAAAGAAAAGGAGAAUCUGUUUCGGUACCAUCCCAAGUGACAUUGACAGUAAAUAAAGAGACUGAUUCUGCUGGAAGUAAAGCGUUUGAAUCGCGUGAAAACCUUAGUUUGUUUGAUAAUUUUCAGGGUUCUAAGAGAAGUGGCUCUGUUUCUGGUUGGCAGGCUGACUUUCAGUCUGCUGAUACUAAAACUGAUCAAAAUGCUAUUAGCUCUCGGUCAUUUGAUCCUUUUGUGGGUUCCUCGAAAGGUAUUUCUUCCCGCAUGGGCACAGUCUUUGGACAGGGUAAAAAUUUAUUUGAUGGAAAAGAAAAUGCCAAUCAAACUUCUUCGGAAUCCAAAACAGACGACUGUUUUCAAGAUGAUAUAAAGAGUAAUUCUGCUUCAGGUGAUCUAGCGCAAAUCAUUGCCAGAAAUGCCUCUGGUAAGAAAACUACCAAUGAUGGUGAUGAUUCUUUCGAUGCUUGGAAUGAUUUUAAGGGUUCCACCAGUGCACAAGAUGCUGCUCACACUUCUUGGGACCGGACUGUUAAUGGUUGAAGUCGAUGCAUGAAAAAUGU